AAUCCUUCGAUAAAGGGAUGACGCGUCUAUCUCAACUCUCAUAGGGUUCAUCUUCUUCUUCUGCAGUCGUCCUGUUACGAAGGAGGAAGCUUAAGGUUUUCGUCAAAUCAGCAGCGAAUCCAUGGCGUCGCUGCAGCUUGCUGGUACUGGAAACCCUGCCGUCGCCAGAAGGUCUUUGCCGUCCAUCCAUGGGCUCCGUCUCUCUCCGUUCCCAUUCAGGCUUCCUUCCUCAAUUGGAGCUUGCGGAGGUGCACUUGAACGAAGGGGUUUUCGGGGUCAUGUCGUGAGGGCCGCCACGGUUGUUGCUCCCAAGUACAUUUCUGUCAAGCCUCUGGGUGAUAGGGUGCUAGUUAAGAUCAAUACAUCUGAGGAGGUGACUGUUGGUGGGAUAUUGCUGCCCACAACUGCUCAGUCAAAGCCUCAAGCUGGUGAGGUAGUUGCUGUUGGAGAUGGAAGGACCAUAGGCGACAACAAAGUGCAAAUUGGUAUUCAGACGGGAUCACAAGUAGUAUACUCCAAGUAUGCUGGCACAGAAUUGGAAUUCAAUGGAUCCAAUCACGUCAUCCUGAAGGAGGAUGAUAUUGUCGGUAUUCUUGAAGCUGAUGAUGUCAAGGAUCUGAAACCCUUAAAUGACCGUGUUCUAAUAAAGGUUGCAGAAGCUGAGGAGAAGACAGCUGGUGGUUUGCUCUUGACAGAAGCGAGCAAGGAGAAGCCCUCCAUUGGAACGGUUAUUGCGGUCGGCCCUGGUCCCCUGGAUGAGGAGGGGAACAGGAAGCCUUCGACGACGAUCACCCCUGGCAGCACGGUGUUGUACUCCAAGUAUGCUGGAAAUGAGUUUAAGAGUGCUGAUGGCUCGCUCUAUAUUGCUCUGAGAGCAUCUGAUGUGAUGGCAGUUCUCUCUUGAGCUCUCUUUCUUUGCUAGCCCGAGGAUUUAGACGACUAGGAAGAGAGACCCGUGCAUGAUUUUUGUGAUGACAUUAAUGGUUUGCUCAAUUUUAAGUUCUGAGAUUUCUGUUGUUGUAACAAAAGAAAAAAACUUUUUCAGUCCAAUGGAUCUUAGUGCUUGAUUUGUCA